GAUGGAUCUCUAUGGGGUGCAGUUAUCGUCUUAGUGCCAAGUCUCCCGCAUCCUACCUCGUCAUUGUCGAGCUAUCAACCGCACUCCGCUGUAACAUCCAACCUCCCUCGUUGCAUCCUUCAACUCCGGUCUCCAUCCCCUGGAGCAUAUAUUUAAACAGGACAUUGCUCUUCUCCUCGCAAGUGCGCCAAGCGAAUGUUGGAAGUACUAUUUGUCGUCUUUCGAACCCUUCCUAUUUAAGGUCGUCGGCGUUUGCCUGAUCUGCUUGUCUGCCUAAAAAGCCCACGAACUGGCACUAGCAACUGCAUUUUUCGUAGUUGGUGCUGUUGUUCUAGCACUUCCAUUCUCUCCUCGACAUCUUGAGAAGAUGCGUCCUGAAUAUUCGGUGCAAAUCUUACUCUCCCUCCUCUCUCUAUCUGCGUCAACUACGGCGCUGGGCAACUAUUCAACCCAGCAAGUUAUAUCGCCGCUUUUUUCAGUACUUGAUGACCGUCCCCCAGAGUGCCCACCAUGUUUCAACUGUCAGCUCGAUGCGUUCAAGUGUACACAAUAUGCGCCUUGUAACAAGUAUACCGGGAAAUGCGUCUGCCCCCCUGGAUUCGGUGGCUAUGAUUGCUCUCAACCCGAGUGUGGAUCGCUCGCGGAGGGGUCCAAUAGACCACUUCGACAUGGUGACCAAUGUACCUGCACUGAUGGAUGGGAAGGCAUAAAUUGUAAUGUCUGCAAGACGGAUGAUGUAUGCAACGCUUUGAUGCCAGAAGGAGAAGGUGGUGUCUGUUACAAACAGGGCAUUACUGUCAAGGAAAACUUUCAGAUUUGCGAUGUGACCAAUCGGAAGAUUUUGGAUCAGCUCAAGGAGCGUAUCCCGCAAGUGACAUUUACCUGCAAGGCAGAAGAUCAAACUUGCAACUUUCAAUUCUGGGUGGGUCAACAGGAAUCGUUUUACUGUUCUUUGGACACUUGUGAUUGGAAUAUGAAAACCGACUAUUACCGCAAUGAGACCAAAUAUGAAUGUCAAAACGUGAGGUGCAGUUGCAUACCUGGACGAAUGCUCUGUGGUGAAGCCGGCUCCGUUGAUAUCGGUGAAUUUCUCGACCAGCUGAUUAAAGGUCCCGCUACCUUCACCUCGAUAACUACCGAGGAUGGAAAAGGGGAUAGCACCAGGUUUCAAGAACCAGCAAUGAACGAUCUAAUCAAAAGUGUCUUCGGAGAUGAAAGCAUCACACUAAACUGUAACUCCGGGGAAUGCCUGCAUAGGACACAACUCCCGGGUUAUGAACGCCCUGUCAAAAAGAUCAACACGCCUCUGAUCGCCAGUGCAAUCGCUGGUUCUGCUCUGUUUGUGGUUGCCGUUAUACUUAUCGUGUGGUAUCUAUCCCGUCGGGCAGCCUACCGCGGUUAUAUCAGUCUUCCUUUGUCAGAAGAGCCUGACGACGAAUCUGCAAAGCUAAUGGCAGACCACAAGCCGGCAGCUUUGUACUUUGAAAACCUAUCGUACUAUAUAAAUGAAAAACAGAUCCUUUCCGGAAUUCAGGGCGCGGCCCAUCCUGGCCAAAUAACGGCUAUUAUGGGAGCGUCAGGCGCGGGAAAGACAACAUUCCUGGAUAUCCUUGCUCGCAAGAACAAGCGAGGUCUAGUUCAAGGAGAUUUCUAUGUUAAUGGGGAAAAAGUUAGCGACCACGACUUUAAAAACAUGGUCGGCUUCGUUGAUCAGGAGGAUGCAAUGCUCCCGACUUUGACUGUCCACGAGACAAUUCUGACAAGCGCAUUGUUAAGAUUACCUAGGGACAUGAGUCGAGCAGCAAAAGAGCAGAGAGUUUUUGACGUCGAGAAACAGCUUGGAAUUUAUCAUAUUAAAGACCAGCUGAUUGGUUCUGAAGAAGGCAAAGGCCGUGGUAUAUCUGGCGGAGAAAAGCGCCGCGUUGGAAUUGCCUGUGAGCUUGUGACUAGUCCAAGUAUACUCUUCCUAGAUGAGCCCACUAGCGGAUUGGAUGCCUUCAAUGCCUUUAACGUCGUUGAGUGCUUGGUUACGUUGGCCAAGACCUACAAUCGUACUGUCAUAUUCACGAUCCAUCAGCCGCGUUCAAAUAUUGUCGCUCUUUUUGAUCGACUGAUUCUCCUGGCGAAAGGAAAAAUGGUGUAUUCUGGCCCCGCCUUAACAUGUCAGCAAUACUUUGACAAUGCUGGGUACCCUUGUCCUCCUGGAUUCAACAUUGCGGACUUCUUGGUAGAUCUCACAAUGCACGCCAGCGCCUCCAGAUCGUAUUUGGAUGAUGAAAUCAACUAUGUGUCGGACAUACCCCCCAAGACGGCUUCGAGUAGCCUGAUGGCCGUGAAAUCCAUUGCAAGCAUCUCGAAUACAAGCCUGGAGGGCAAUCUCAUUGCAACCUCACCACCCAGUGUGCGACCAAAGAAUCAGCGGCGGCUGUCCCUGAAGCAGAAACAGGAUAGACAGCUCUAUUCCCGGAGAAAAGAUGUUGACUCCAAUCAUGAAGAUGGAAACCUAUCAGUACUUAAUCAGAAUCGCCAUGAUGUUCCUUUGUCAACUUUAGAAGACACGGAUCACCCCGACGAACCGCUGCCUGAUGCUCCAGGCGCUCACACGGACCUUGAUAUUCUGGUGGCUAAUUUUGCUGCUUCCGACGUUGCUCGUUCGGUUCACGAUGAGAUUGUUACCGCUGUUAGUGAUGCACGAACAGCGAAUGGUCAGACCAAUGGCACACCGUCAUCGGAUCCUGUUGUUGCCCAUCCAAAAAGCUAUGCCAGAGUCAGCCUUCUACGACAGUUUAUCAUUCUUUCCCAGCGGACUGCACGCAAUCUCUAUCGGAAUCCGAUACUUAUGCUCACCCACUAUGCUAUCUCGAUCCUUCUAUCCGUUCUAUGCGGUUAUCUCUUCUAUGGCUUGACUGAUGACAUUAAAGGGUUCCAAAAUCGUCUUGGUCUCUUUUUCUUUAUCCUGGCCUUAUUUGGUUUCAGUACGCUUACCAGUCUUACGGUCUUUUCAACGGAGCGGCGGCUGUUUGUCCGUGAGAGAGCAAAUGGCUAUUACCAUCCCAGCACAUACUUUGCAUCCAAGAUCGUUUUUGACAUCGUGCCGCUGAGACUGAUCCCACCAAUUAUAAUGGGUGUUAUUGUCUAUCCUAUGACUGGGUUGAUUCCCGCAUGGCCAGAGUUUUUCCGGUUCAUCCUUGUACUCAUCCUGUUCAACCUGGCCGCAGCGAACAUCUGUCUCUUCAUUGGCAUCAUGUUCCAGGACGGAGGUGUUGCCAAUUUGAUUGGGAGCCUGGUGAUGUUGUUCAGUCUGUUAUUUGCGGGUCUCCUGCUGAACCACGAUGCAAUACCCGCGUCGGCUCUAUGGUUACAAUCUCUGUCCAUCUUCCAUUACGGUUUUGAGGCGCUCAUCGUUAAUGAGGUGACAUAUCUGACCCUAAUUGACAAGAAGUACGGAUUGGAUAUUACAGUGCCUGGGGCUUCCAUCCUGAGCGCAUUUGGCUUUGACACGCUGGCCUUUUGGAAGGAUGUGAUCGGCUUAGGGGUAUUCUCGGGCGCUUUUAUAAUUAUUGCCUACGCGGCGAUGCAUAUACUACUUGUGGAGAAGCGGUGAUUGAGUUUAGUGGUGCAUCGGGGGACUGCUUGCGUCGAUUUCCUUUUCUUGCUUACCGUCUCCGGCACUCCUCCAGGCGUUCUUCUUCUUCUUCUUUUUUUUUUUUUGGAAAUUGACGUUGUAUCUUGUGUAUAUGUAUGUACAUAGGUUCAGAGUUCAGUUUUAGGCAUCUAUGCUGUGUGCUGUUCUGGCAGUUGAACAUGGCCUGAUGGUUUGGCGCCUCAAUACGCCGCCAUAUAAUUAAAAGGACCCGACCUCAC